AGCCUGGUGAAGGUGGGGCGGGGACGAAUGGCUCAGGUGGCCCGGAGCUGUCUUGGGGUAGCAUCUUUGCUGCUGCUGCUGCUGCUGCUGGGCUGGGGGUCCGGUCUCCAGUGUUCUUCUUGGGUUAUGGAGCAUGGUACACCUGACAGCAGAUUAGAGAAAACCUGAGGAUGUAAAUAUUGCCCUCCCACCAUUGGUUCCGCUGAAAUGUGUAAGGCUUCUAUGCACUUGGAAGGACCUGUCAUCAGUAGCCAGACAGGCAAGAAGCCCUCUCAGAUUUCCGGGGAGUCAUGAGCCGUUUUCUGAAUGUAUUACGAAGCUGGCUGGUUAUGGUGUCCAUCAUAGCCAUGGGGAACACACUACAGAGCUUCCGAGACCACACCUUUCUCUAUGAAAAGCUCUACACCGGCAAGCCAGACCUGGUGAAUGGCCUCCAAGCUCGGACCUUUGGAAUCUGGACACUGCUCUCAUCAGUGAUUCGCUGCCUCUGUGCCAUUGACAUCCACAACAAGACGCUCUACCACAUCACACUCUGGACCUUCCUCCUCGCUCUGGGGCACUUCCUUUCUGAGUUGUUUGUAUACGGGACCGCGGCUCCCACAAUUGGCGUCCUGGCACCCCUGAUGGUGGCAAGUUUCUCGAUCCUCGGUAUGCUUGUUGGGCUGCGGUACCUAGAAGUAGAACCAGUGUCCAGACAGAAGAAGAGAAACUGAGGCCAAUAUCACCUCCUCCGAGACCUCAUCUUCCUUUUUGUCUGUCUUCUUCCCCCAUCCUCUCCGAGCUUUAAUUUUUUUCUUUUCUGCUCGAUCAUCAGCCCCCUUCUCUGCCUCCAGCCUUUUACAUUGUUUUGUUUUGUUUUUAUUACAUUUAAAGAUAUAACGUGUACAGAAAUUAUAUUAAUACUUAAUGAACAACUUUCAAGAAUUACUUUAAAGUGAUGCUUCUGUAAAUCCAUCCAAAUCAAGAAACUGCCAGCACCCCAGAAGCCCUCUGUGUGCCCUUCCCCCACCGUGACCUCUUUGAGGAUCUCUUUUGAGCUUCCUGCCUUUUUCCUCUUAUUUCCAUCCCUUGAUCUGCUUUGUGUGGGGAACAUGCAGACUGUGAAACUCAAAGCUGCUGCCUCACCCAGAGCAGCUGCCACCAAGGGCUGUUUCGAGGGGCUGUCCCCGCACGCCGGGCUCCUCUCUGCCACUGGACCCGGGACUCCGAACCGCCCGAGGGGCAGGCAGGUCUUCUAAGAGGGGCUCCCCUGUGAGUGCGCGUGGCUGACAUCCCUGCAUCUCAGACGGAUUGUGGCUGGAAGAGUCUGGGCUGUUUUUAGACCUUCUGGUCAGCUGUAUUUGUGUAACGAGUUUUGUAAUAAACUGAAAAACUCUC